AUGGCACCUGAAGAGAGAAUAAAGAUCAAAAAUAAGGAUAAGAGACAAAAACUCUUUCAAAGAAUUAAACAAGAAAAAAAUAAAGCUCGUCAUAAAUUAAGAGCUGAAAGAGCUAAAGAAGAAAGAGCCAAUCCAGAAUUAAAACAAGAAAGAUUAGCAAAUAAUGUACCAGAAACUAUUGAAUCCAAAAGAGUUUAUGAUGAAACAGUGGGACAAGAAAGAGAAGGUGAAGAUGAUUUUGAUUCAUAUUUUGAUGGUCGUGAACCAAAAAUUUUAUUAACUACAAAUGCUAAUGCAAGAAAAGCUGCAUAUGAAUUUGCUGAUAUGCUUAUGGAUGCUUUACCAAAUGUUACAUUUGUUAAACGUAAAAGAGAAUAUUCAAUGAAGGAUAUUUCAGGAUAUUGUACAAAUAGAGGAUUUACUGAUUUAAUUGUAAUAAAUGAAGAUAAAAAAAAUGUUAAUGGUAUAACAUUUAUUCAUUUACCUGAAGGUCCAACUUUUUAUUUUUCAAUAACUUCAUUAGUUAAUGGUAAAAAAAUUCAAGGUCAUGGUACAGCAACUGAUCAUAUUCCAGAAUUAGUUUUAAAUAAUUUUUCUACAAGAUUAGGUCAAACAGUUGGUAGAUUAUUUCAAUCAUUAUUCCCACAAAAACCUGAAUUUGAAGGUAGAAAUGUUGUUACUUUACACAAUCAAAGAGAUUUCAUAUUUUUCAGAAGACAUCGUUAUGUAUUUAGAAAUGAAGAAAAAGUUGGUUUACAAGAAUUAGGACCUCAAUUUACAUUAAAAUUAAGAAGAGUUCAAAAAGGUAUCAAGAACGAAAUCGAAUGGGAACACAGACCAGAUAUGGACAGAGACAAAAGAAAAUUCUAUUUGUGA